AUGUCCUUGGUCCAGGGUCGCCGUGGCUUCUGGACCGUGCCCCCUGUGUUGAAAUGGACCACUUGGAUGCUUAACAUCCGCAUCCCCAUCCCCAUCCGCCGCACCCCCGUCCGCCGCACUCGCCGAACCUGUCCCUGUCCCGGUCCCCGCCCAGAACAGUUUCUGCAAAAAGAGCCUAAAAAGGCCUUCGACGACACGUUCUUUGUGCUCCCUGGCAGCAGUGUCGGUCUGAGAUGGACGGCGGUUAUUCUGAACGAGGUUGAUCGCCAGCAGGGAGUCUCGUCUCCUGUGCACACUCGUGUACGGCAAAACCUGUGCGGGGAUGCCCCCGGGUUCCCGGGGCGGUUGUUUUGCAAGGCUGUCUCAGAACCCAAAAAGCCUCCCCCUCAAACGGAGAGGUGCGCCGCCGAUCGGGAAGCGACAUGUCUGCUAAUAGGCUCAGUUGCAUCGCUCGCCUCGGUCAUUUCCGAGAUUUGCCCUGAAUGGACAGAGCUGGUUGCGAUGUGA